AUGGAACAGUUUCGUAGUUUUAUUGGAGAAAAGUUGACUGAAAGAUUUCAAGCAUUAUUUAUAAGAAUGAUUAUACCUGUACGGUGUUUUACAUGCGGUAAAGUUAUUGGCAACAAAUGGGAAGCAUACCUCGGUUUACUACAAGCAGAGUAUACAGAAGGUGAUGCGCUGGAUGCUCUGGGCUUAAAGAGAUACUGUUGCCGUAGAAUGUUGCUUGGACAUGUGGAUUUAAUUGAGAAGCUGUUGAAUUAUGCGCCAUUGGAAAAGUAA